UCAAAUCAUGAAAUUACUAAUUCAAAGAACGAAAAUGAUAUCACAACCUUUAAUAAUAUAUAAUUCAUCCUCGCCUUAGCAUGCUCUCUUCUUCCUCGUGGCACCCUCCCUUUCUGUGCUUUUAUUCUGCCAAGGGUUCCAUCAGGCCUUCUUUCUUAAGCUUUGGGUUUUCAAGAUGAAUCAUUGCAAUCUUCAGCAGAACGCCACCGUUUCGGCUUACGAAGAGUUGAGAGGGUUUAUCUCAAUCACUGAUCAUCAAAAGGGCGGUGCCGUUGUUUGCACCAAGCCUCGGCGAAUUGAGGUCCUCGCCAAUAACCCUACCAAGCCAUUGAGAUUGCAUAUGAGUCAUCAAGCCGAGGUAAGCGAUUCGAAAGCUGGUGCAGACCUUCUUGAUAUCAUCCUCAAUAAGGAGGAUUUAGGGACAGAAGAAGAACAAUCUAUAGCAUCAUCACCUCCGUUUUUUUGUGGGUCGCCUCCAAGUAGGGCUGCGAAUCCACUUGUGCAAGAUGCUCGGUUCGGAGAUGAAAGGCUUGCACAAGCCCUUUCGACUUUGCAGAUUCCAUCUCCAUCUUCGCCGUCAUCAUUGGCACGUAAAGGAGGGUGUGUUAGGAUGAAAUUUGGCCUUAAACCGGCCGCGGUUAGAGUGGAAGGAUUUGAUUGUCUUAACAGGGAUCGCCAAAAUUCCAUCCCUGCUACGGCUUAGAACUUAAAUUAAGAAUCCAAGUGUACAUAGAAGGAAGUUAAGUGCCAGCACCAUUUCAGAAAAAAGAAAAAGAGAGCCAGGAUUAAGAAGGAAGUUUUGGAUAUAUUUUGGGGGGAAGAAAGAGAGAAUUUCUGUUUAGUAAUGUAUAUAUGGAUAUGUUUUUGGGGUCUAACAGCAUGGGAUCAUGCAGGGAUCCAGCAAUGCUUGUUUUGUAAUAUAAAUAUAUGUAAGAUUUGGGUCAAUAUGGAUUGAUAUAUUUGUUUUGGGGAGAUCACCAUGGGAGAAAUCUGUAUAGAUCCUGCGGCUGGUGAUUUGAUUUUUUUUUUGCAUAGUUUAAAUUGCUCUGUAAAUUACCUAUGGUUUAAUGAUAUAUUUCUUGAUUAUCAUUGAUUUUUAAGCAA